CUAAUACCCCGUUCAGACGCUUAUUUUUAAACCAGUUCAAAAUCGCCGGGGUUUUUAAGACAGCGUCGUGUUGCGUUCACACGUACUAUAAGUCAAACCUGUUUAACUGUUCUGACCUCUUCGGUCGGAGGUUAGAGUUAACUAUGCAUGCGUACAUACCAUUUCCUGGUAGAAUAUGUAAACAUCCUGUGAAAAAAAAAUCCGCGAAAUUUGUUUCUCUUACUCUCGGAUAGUUUAUACACUUAAAUGGGUCGCAACACAUAAUUUCUAAUUAGUUAUAUUCGUCGAAAUACUCUAGAUGUCUAAAUCGAAUGGCAAUGUCUAGCAACUGGUUAUUCCAGUCUACACUGAUAGUAUUUAUUGUGCAUGCUCUCCAGAUAAGAAUAUGACUUGUGGGAAUAUGUCUAGCCUCAUUCUUCUAGUCCCUUGUUACAAAUGACACUGAAAUGCAUUACACAAUUCGUGUACCAAUGGUUAAAUGUUUGUUUUGUCUCAAAUAUUGGAUAUCAGAAACCCAUCUUUUCCCCGUUAAGAUCACAAGAUCAAUGUUGAUUGAAAUUGACAAAUACUUUGUGUUUUCAAUGUCGCAGAUUUUGGAUGAUAUUGACUACUUUAAGUUUAAUUAUUUACCUAAUCUAAUUCCUUUACAUUUUAUUUUCAGCUUUUAUGAUGAUAUACAGUAUUUAGAAAACUUCAGAAUGUCAAAAUGUACAUUUGAAUAUCUGUGCAGAAUUUUGAGACCAUUUCUUGAGAAACAAGUAACAAGUAUGAGGGAACCAAUAUCUGUUGAGCGACAGGUUGGCAUAAGUUUAUGGGUUUUAGGGACCAAUGCUGAGUACAGAACUGUGGCUGCAUUAUUUGGGGUUGGCCGGUCAACCGUGUCUUCAAUUAUACACAUAUUUUGUGAGUCCCUGAUUUCGAUCAAGGACAAAUUCAUUAAAUUUCCAUCAGGUGAAGAACUGAAUAGAGUUGUAAAUGGGUACCGGUCGAAAUGGGGAUUUCCAAAUGCAGGUGGAGCAAUAGAUGGCAGUCAUAUUCCUAUAUUAGGACCGAGCAUGAACCAUGCUGACUUCCAUAACAGAAAAGGGUGGUAUUCCAUCAUUGUUCAAGCAGUUGUGAAUGAUCGUUAUGAAUUCACAGACCUAAAUAUCGGGUGGCCAGGAAGUGUUCAUGAUGCACGAGUCUAUGCAAACUCCAAAAUAUAUGCAAAAGGGCUGUCUGGGACAUUAUUUGCCGGCAAGAUGAUUGAUGUCAAUAAUGUGCGCCUGCCUAUCGUCUUGUUAGGUGAUCCGGCUUAUCCAUUAUCCAACUUUCUAAUGGAACCAUACACAGACAAUGGACACCUGACCCCAAAACAAAAGACAUUUAAUUAUAAGCUAAGUAGUUCACGCAUGACGGUAGAAAAUUCCUUUGGUCGCCUAAAAGGUCGCUGGCGCUGCUUAUUAAAGCGAUUGGAUAUGAAUGUUGACAAGGUCCCCAAUAUUAUUAUGACCUGUUGCAUACUUCAUAACAUAUGCGAACAAGCAAAAGACCCAUUUAGGGUUGAAUGGCUAGAGGAUGUAGCAAAGGAAGAAAACCAAAUGCCUCAGCCAAAUCAAAGUAACGAAGAGGCAAUCAAUGCAGACUGCACUAACAUUAGAAAUAUCCUGGCUGAAUACUUCCAGGAAUAAUUUAACC